AGUCCUGACAACAUGCCCCCCACAGAAGGCAACAAUGUCAUUUCUGCCUACACCUUAGUCAAUUACCAGCAAACGCUCCCAGAUCAAAGUUUGUAUGGAACAGAUUUCUUCACAGGAUCAUAUCCGCUUUUAAGACAAAACUUGACACUCCCAGCAAAUGGAGUAUUACCAAUAGAUGUUGAUAUACCAAAAAAUGCAACAUCAAUUACAAUUAAGGUAAACUGUUUUUAUAGAAAUCAAACAGAGAAAGAAGAAAAAAAAAUUACUAAAACAAAAGUUAGUUGUUAUAAGCUGCCCUUUAGCAAACAUUUUUUAAAGGAGGAAUUUGAAACAUGUCUGUUAAAAUUUAAUUAAAUGGACUAUAAUAGACUAAUAUACUAUAUCAAUUAUAUCUUAUUAGAGAAAACUGUUUUUUUCUUUCAUUUAAAUUCUUAAAUCAGACGUACCAUAUAAGUUUUUUGUAUUUUUAUGUUGGAUUUAAUUUUCCAAAAGCACUACACUCACAAGUUAUUUAUUAAUAAAUUACAUUUAAUCUGCUUACACCAUUCUUGGUUUUCUGUUUGAGUGAUCCCUAUUUAAUCUAACUUAAUUAAAGCUCUACAUAAAAUUUUUUCUCGAUUUCAUUUAUUACAUUUGUUUAAUUAUCUCUGAUCAGGUAACUUAUGGCUCCAUUUCUGACACUAGAAC